CAACGCCUGAGAGCGGAAAUUUUAAAAUCACCAGCUCCAAAUUACAGCAAGCACCGAACAGGUGCCUGCUAGAAGCAGUGCACUGUGGGCUUUGUAGUUUUACAAUUGUCUUGGCAACAUUCUUGGGCAUUAUUAUUUUCAGAGGCUACGCCUUCAUUUUCGAAUGUAUUUCUUAUUUCAGUCACUUUUAAAAUUUUCCACUUUUCAGGAAAAAAAAGUGACUUCGCCCUGAAGUUCCUUGUCACAUUGUAAUCUGGUUGAUGUUUGCUGCAGCGGCUCUGCCAGAGCCUCAUUGCAAUGUGUGGCUCGUUGUAAUGUCAAUCAUUUCGCGUCAAGGCGCUUCCGCUAGCAUUUUAGGUUGCUCAGCGUAUAGCAUCGUAUCUACUGUUUCAUGGUGUAGAACUGGCGUGCAGCACAAUGGUGUAUGGAUCAUAGCCUUUUUCGUUUUAUUUUUUUGCAAAAAAUAAUUGCAGAAAAAUAGAAAAUUUACAUAAAACCUACCAAUUAGUGGAUCUGCAAAGGAUUUUGUUUUGUAAAAGCCCGGUCAAAAUGUCAACGGGUAAAGAAAUCGGGGGAGCCCAACAUGCUCAAUAUGUGGGACCAUAUCGACUGGAAAAAACGCUUGGAAAGGGACAGACAGGAUUGGUGAAGCUUGGAGUCCACUGUGUAACAUGUCAAAAGGUUGCAAUAAAGAUCGUCAACAGGGAGAAGCUCAGUGAGUCUGUGCUAAUGAAGGUGGAAAGGGAGAUUGCCAUCCUGAAGUUAAUAGAACAUCCACAUGUUUUAAAGCUACACGACGUCUACGAAAAUAAAAAAUAUUUGUAUUUGGUGCUAGAACAUGUUUCUGGGGGAGAGCUCUUUGAUUAUCUUGUGAAAAAAGGACGAUUGACACCAAAGGAGGCCAGAAAAUUCUUCAGGCAAAUAAUAUCUGCAUUAGAUUUCUGCCAUAGUCAUUCAAUAUGCCACAGGGAUUUGAAACCAGAAAAUUUAUUGUUGGAUGAAAAGAAUAACAUUAGAAUAGCAGACUUCGGAAUGGCUUCACUGCAGGUUGGCGACAGCUUGUUAGAAACCAGCUGUGGCUCACCCCAUUACGCCUGUCCUGAAGUCAUCAGGGGAGAAAAGUAUGAUGGCCGAAAAGCAGAUGUCUGGAGCUGUGGUGUCAUCCUUUUUGCACUCUUGGUGGGAGCACUGCCGUUUGACGAUGAUAACCUGAGACAGUUAUUGGAAAAAGUAAAGCGUGGAGUGUUUCACAUGCCACACUUUAUACCACCGGACUGCCAAAACCUCUUAAAGGGAAUGAUUGAGGUGGAUGCUUCAAAACGCCUAACUCUAGACCAGAUCCAAAAACAUUCUUGGUAUAUCGGGGGUAAGAAUGAACCCGAACCAGAGCAGCCUGUUCCAAGAAAGGUGCAGAUCCGUUCACUUCCAUCACUGGAGGACAUUGAUCCAGAUGUCCUGGACAGCAUGCACUCAUUGGGUUGUUUUAGAGAUAAAAACAAGCUUAUGCAAGAUUUGGUGUCAGAAGAAGAAAAUCAAGAAAAAAUGAUCUAUUUUCUUCUUCUUGAUCGGAAAGAGCGAUAUCCAAGCCAUGAAGAUGAAGACCUGCCUCCUCAAAAUGAUAUAGAUCCACCUAGAAAAAGAGUAGACUCACCAAUGUUAAAUCGGCAUGGCAAGCGGCGACCUGAACGGAAGUCGAUGGAAGUAUUGAGCGUGACUGACGGGGGCUCUCCAGUUCCAGCUCGGCGUGCUAUAGAGAUGGCACAGCACGGCCAGAGUAAAAGUAUGUUCAGUAAAAGCUUGGAUAUCACAGAUGCCAAUCCCAGAAUCAACAAAGAAGAAAGAUCACGAUCAAUAAGUGGAGCAUCAUCUGGCCUCUCCACCAGCCCCCUAAGCAGUCCAAGGCCUAUCAGAAAGUUUUUUGCUCCCCCCCAGAGUCCCGAGCUUAGCCCCUGUCCCAAAGCACAUUCUCCCAUACUUCCUCAUUGUCACAGAAAUACAACAAAGCCCAGUAAUGUGCUUCAACCAAAGAUAGGGUUUCAGUCGAAUCCAAAGACACAGACUCUUCCUGCUAAGAGUAAGCUCACAGAUAAACCUUUGCAAACCACUAAAUCUAAUCCUCUCCCUGUUGUAACAUCAGAAACACGCCCCCCUCAGAAUCCUCCUGUUAAAAAUGUGCAGAGUCAGCAAACCACAGUCACAUCACCAACCCAAUUGUUUGUUCCUUCAGUCCAGAUUACACCCCUGUCUCUUGUCAGAUUGAUCCCCGGUACUGAUCCAAGCACCAAAUCUAUCCCUAUAAUACAGGUGACCCCUCACCCUUCCCCAAGGGGAAGCCCCCUCCCCACCCCAAAGGGCACACCAGUCCAUACUCCCAAGGAGAGUCCGGCGAGUACUCCGAAUCCAACACCGCCAUCCAGCCCCAGCAUUGGAGGAAUGCCUUGGAGGACGCGGCUGAAUUCAAUCAAAAACAGUUUCCUUGGCUCACCUCGGUUUCACCGCAGGAAAUUACAAGUACCUACGCCAGAGGAGAUGUCAAGCCUAACUCCAGAGUCUUCCCCAGAACUUGCCAAAAAAUCAUGGUUUGGUAAUUUCAUCAAUUUGGACAAAGAAGAACAGAUAUUUGUGGUGAUCAAGGACAAGCCAUUGAGUUCCAUUAAGGCCGACAUUGUCCAUGCAUUUCUUUCAAUCCCCAGCCUAAGUCACAGUGUCAUGUCUCAGACAAGUUUCCGAGCAGAAUACAAGUCUACUGGGGGCCCAGCUGUGUUUCAGAAGCCAGUUAAAUUCCAGGUGGACAUCACUUACACAGAAGGCAGUGAGGCACGGAAGGAGAAUGGGAUUUAUUCAGUCACCUUCACACUGCUGUCAGGUCCAAGUCGUCGGUUCAAAAGAGUGGUGGAAACAAUUCAGGUCCAGUUGUUAAGUACACAUGACCAGCCUGCUGUGCAACAGUUGUCUGCAACUUCUCACUGUAUGCAGCUGCUGACUGGCAGACUUUCAAAAUGUGACGAGAAGAACAAUGGGCAAGUAGCUCAUCCGCCAGCUACGCCAACCAAACAUGGCACAAACAGCAAGCGGAAUGAUUCUGAUUCUGUUGACUAUGGUUCUAGAGGAGACUCUAAAUUUCCAGCUGGGAAAGAGAAGGCAAAGAUGGUGCCAAGUAUUGGGACACAGGAACAACCUUAAAUCCAUUUAGAAUUAGUCCCAUGUUCUAAAAGGAUGUAAAUACCAGACUACUUCGGUACAAUGUCCAUAGACAGAUUUUGUAUGGCGGAAUGAUUGUAUGUAACUGAGGAUUAGCACGUGCAAGCCCCUCUACAACAUUUAUUUCCCUGUUUUUGCUGCUCUCGUUUUAUGAUGACCUGAUUUAUUUCCACUCUACUGCCAGGAAUUGUCCAGAAAACUUGUUAAAUCUCCUCUGGUGAAUCCUAUGGCUGCGGACAUUUGUCGAAGGAGAGGCAGCUGAUAUCUUGGUGCAUGUGGGAACUUGGCGCCCUUUUGACGCUUAACACUUGACCAAACUGGAGCUGCUGCAUCCCAGGAAAAGGAACGGAAUUCCUGGGAGAGACUGACACCCUUCAGCAGCAGAAUGUCCACCAGAGAGG